CGCGCCACAUAUGGAAGGUCACCUGCCAAAUGGAGCCUAGCCUCGCCCUUGGCAACCUCCUAACGGUCACUCGUGUUUCGGAUUGGCGUCCUACCUGCAUCCCUUCUUUCUCCCAUUCUCCCUCACAUUUCUUCCUACCCGACCAACCGCCCUUCCUUGGACCGAUUUUUUACGUUCUUUACUACAGAAAAUAGAGGAGAUAGAAGAUGGGAGGCUCGUUGCCUUACAGGAUUGGUCAUGCUGGUGCAAAACAUAGAAAAAGGGCCAGCGGUAGUGCGUUUUUUCAUCUCUUCGUACCGUAAAAACGAUAUUAACAGGUCCGCAGCCUGCUCUACCGGCGGUUUCUACACGUCCCCGGCCAAGGGUGCCGUUGUAAAUUCACUUGAACCGACCACGAUUUCUUGGGAUUCCUCCUGUUUGGAUACCGAUAAUGUCGACAUUCACCUGUACGCACCUUCCUUGGCCAGUCCCAGGAUAUACGUCUGGGAAAAUGUCGCCAACAGCCUGGGGACCUACAAUGCCACUCUGAAGCCGAGAUGGUGGAACGACACGAGCACCAUCCAGCUGCAGCUUGCCAUUCUGGCUUCAGGAGAUGCGCCUUUCCUCGCUACUCUCCCUGCCGGCCCUCUUUGGAACGCAACUUACACGGAGCCUUCGACGGGCGUUCCUGAUUCUGCCGACAUUUCGAAGACUGACUCGGGUAGCGAGACCGUCGGUUCCCUUUCUGGGGACAACAAAUCUUCGUCAAUGUCAGGCGGGAAAAUUGCGGCAGCAGUCAUUGUGCCCUUGCUUUUCGCCGCCCUCUGCGUUGCGGCAUGGAUCAAAUGGCAACGCAUGAAGGGCCAAGAGAAGAGGAAGAGGUUCAGCGAGGCCAUCGACAAGCGGAUGUCCACCAUCAGCCAGGACUGGAAAAGUUUGUCUGCUGCUGGUGCAUCCGCCGCCAUUCGCAACAGUAUCGCGGUCUCAGGAACUGGUUCCGGUGGCAACAGGGCAAGUUCCUUCAGCUUCGGUGGUAUCCGUCCCAGCUCGACCUACACUACCGAUGGUGGACAAGCUGGCGUCGGCAGCAGUUUCUAUCAUCAGGAGAAUACGUCCGUUGGUCCAGAGAUGUCCCAAUUCCGCCGACCCAAAUCUUCUUUCACCUCGGCUGAUCGGGUUAGCCGCGUUUCAUUUGCUGAAGGUACCAGGCCAUCGGGUGAAGUAAGGCGCUCCACCGCUGGACACAGCCGCGCAUUCCACCAUUCCUUCGUCCCGCCCAUACCUACUCGCAAGGAUAGCAAUGAAGGAUUAACGGAUGGCUCGAUGAGCCCGACUCAGACUGAAGGACCUGAGAGUCUCACCAUCGAAACUAUCAGAGCCCGCGUUGCUAACGGAGAUAUCUCGGUAAGGGCCAGCAUGGAUGAAGAAUUGAGCCCGGCUAUUAGCAUGAUACGGUCCAUUUCGCAAGCUGAUUCUGCUACGUACGUUGCUUCUGAUGCUGACCCUGGCGACAUCGGUUCACAAUACAUUGUUCCUCCCCCCGCCGCCAAGCUACACGAUAACCGCUACAGUCAGUCCCACAAUGAGACCAUCUUUGAUGCCACGUCCCCUGACUCGCCUUCGGCUACGAAUACAAUAUCCUUCCCUUCGUCUCACACGCCCAGUAAUGGAAUGUUCAGCGGUUUCGGCAGCUCACCUUCGAAUGCCAUGAGUCCGGAUGAUAUGUUACGCGCUUACGCCGAGAGAAGGAAGACGAAUGGAAGUCCUACCGUUAUGAUUCCCGCCGGCGGCGUUCAAUACCCAAGUGCGACCACAGCAAGAACUUUGGUUCCCGCAGGUCCUGGUGCGAUGAGUCCUUCCCGAGGUGCAUAUGGAGCUAUGUGGGAAGACGACAAUAACAGUGGCAAGGCCAUGUGAAUAUGAUCUGCACCGCACCCUCUUUUUAUUUUAUUCUUUCUUUUUUGGCCUCGUACAUAUUGUAACCAUCGAGUUAGGUGAGGUGGUUUGUUCUGUUCUGUUCGCCAUCGGAGCCCCAAACGCUACGCUGCUGGACAAACGACAUUUGAUGGCUCCGGUGAAGAUGCGAGUAUGGUGUUGUAUAUAAUAUAGUCAAUAUACCCGUUUGAUUUGUGUCUAUGAGAUCAUUUUUGUCUCGUAGAGUUUUGUUCAAAUCAUUCUUUUGGCG